UUCUGCACCCGCUGGAGUUUCUGGGUCAGCUUUAAGGGCAACCCUGCGUAGAGCGAGUUACAAUAGUCAAGCCUGGAGGUGAUCGUCGCAUGGAUCACUGUGGCCAGAUCGGGGCGAGAGAGGUAAGGGACCAACUGCUUGAUGCGGCGGAGAUGGAAAAAUGCCACCUUUGCUGUGGAUGCAACCUGCGCCUCCAUGGAAAGGGAGGCGUCAAAGGUUACACCCAAACUCUUGACAGAAGGCGCUGGUACCAAUUGAGCCCCUGCAAAAGAUGGGAGUUGGCCCCCCAACCCCAUGUCGCCCCGACCUAGCCAGAGGACCUCUGUCUUCGAAGGAUUUAACUUCAGUCGGCUCCCACGUAGCCAUCCAGCCACAGCUUCCAAGCACCUGGUGAGUGUGUCCGGGGCCGAGGCAGGGCAGCCGUCCAUCAACAGAUAGAUCUGGGUGUCAUCAGCAUAUUGAUGACAACCCAGCCCAAAACUCCGGACAAUCUGGGCAAGGGGGCGCAUAAAGAUAUUAAAAAGCAUUGGGGAAAGGAUUGCGCCUUGCGGGACUCCACACACCAAGGGGUGCCGCGGCGACAACUCCCUCCCUAGCGCCACUCUCUGUCCCCGACCUGAGAUGAAGGAACGCAGCCAUUGUUGGACUGUGCCCUGAAUCCCCACGUCGGCAAGGCGGUGGUCUAAAAGGUCAUGAUCGACCAUAUCGAAGGCUGCUGACAGGUCUAAAAGAAUCAGCAGUCCCGACCCACCUCGAUCCAGCUGUCUACGGAGAUCAUCUGUUAAGGCUACCAGAGCUGUCUCGGUACCAUGACCAGGGCGAAAGCCGGACUGAAAUGGAUCUAGAGCCGAUGUUUCAUCCAGAAACCUACCAAGCUGUUAAAGCAUCCACGGCAGAAUGACAGAGUUAAGGGUAUAAAUAUGUACUUUAUUUUUAUUUUGGCAAAGUGUGUUUAAGGAGAAAUCACUGGGUUAAAGCUGACCAAAAGUCCAUGGAGAGACCUGGCCUGAACAAAGACAUUGGAUUCUUAUCUCAUUAUAAAUGAUAAAGCUAUCUUUAGCCAUCUCACCCCUUGCUUUUUCCUGUAAGACAAAUUGCAGUCGUUAACAAUCAUCAACGAGUUUCCACACCUAUCAGUCAAACACCCAUUCGCACCACCCUCCUGAGAAUACCCCUCCCCACCCUCACACUAAAUAUAAGGGUCUGGAGACUUCUGUUUCAGUGUAUCUGAAGAAGUGUGCAUGCACACGAAAGCUCAUACCAAUGACAAACUUAGUUGGUCUCUAAGGUGCUACUGGAAGGGGGGGGGGGAUAUUUUGUUUCGAAAGUCCAGAAGUAGUAUUGUCAAUCGAUUUACGAUGGGGUGGAAGUUUCGCAGGCCAGGAAGGACUUGCUCACGAAUUUGUUGACAGCUGCCCCAAAUUAUUGUAGGUAGGACAGGGCAAGGUGAAUGUAAAAUAGAAGAAUGGUAUAAAGAGGUGUGGGGUGUAGCUAUUAAUGGUAAAUUGACAUGUUCUAUUAAGGUAAGACGGGAAAUAUGGUAGGAGAAAUGAUUUCAAGGAGAUAUAGAAGGUGUUUGUAGAUUUUGUACUGUUAAAAUGGUAAGGGGUCAAACAAUUGCAAGUCGUGUUGAAAUUUUGGGAGGUUGGGUAGUUACAAUGGAAUGGUCACGGGGGUGGGGUGCACAUUGUUAUUUUUAUUUAUUUAUUACUAUUACUUUGUCAAAAAAAAUAAGUAAAGUUUUUUAAAAAAAUGGCAGAGUUAAGGUUAGAUGACAGUUCCUGUGAUUCACAGUUGGGGAAGAGUGCUGCCAUGCUCAGUUCCCACUUUCGGGUUUCCCACAGGCACCUGGUUGGCCUAUGUGAGAACAGGAUGCUGGACUAAAUGGGCCUUUGGUCUGAUUCACCUGAGCUUUUCUCAUGUGGAGGCAAGGUAGCAGAGUCAGAUCAAAAGCUUAUGAAAGGGUGGGGAGAAUUGUGUUGAGUUGGAGCUACAAAUGUUGAAAUAAAGUACUAUCUUGCCCACCCCAUCCAAAAAUAUGCAAGGCCACAAACAGUGUAAACAAAUGGAAACAAUAACAAAUACAAAUACAAAACAAGCAAACUGUUAAAAGUGCCCUUUCUAAAUAAAGGAAAAAAGCACACUAUGCACAAAAAGUAGCCGAAGAAUCAAUUUUCAUAAAACAGUAUAUUGAAAAGAAAAGUCUUGACUGCUCACCAAAAAACACACAGGAAUGGGACCUGGUGAAGUUCUUUUGGUAUGAUGUUGCACUGUUUUGGCACCUCCACAGAAACACAAACUUGCACCAAACAGGUUAGAUAUUGGGGGUUGGGGGAAAUGGCAUUAUUGUGAUAGGUACAAUGAGGAUAUUUCAGAAGACUUUUAAAACUGGGACCAUUCAUGAAGAACAUCACAAAACAGCAGUCAACCAUGGAGAUCAUAAAGGAGGGAACAGUGUGGAACACCUGGCAGAAAACAGUUCUGCAGCAGAUUUUCCUGUAUCCAGCUCCAGUCUGCGGGAUGUAGAAAAUAUUCAUGGAACACUGAGAUCAGAGAAUGAGAGGCUGAAGAAGGCUUAUAAUGAUAUGGAAGAAAAGCAUGAAGCAGCAGAGCUUCAAAUAAAGCAACAGUCCAUAGAAUACCGGAAUCAGCUACAGCAGAAAGAGGUGGAGAUCAGCCAUCUUAAAGCCAGGCAGAAUACACUGCAGGAGCAACUGCGGAAGGUGCAGUCAGCUGCUCAGUCAGCACAGUUAGGAGCUGCUGCCUCUCCAUCAACCACUCCAUCAGCUUCCUUUGUCCCUAUGGUUAGACAUAGUUCUUCUGGUUUUCAAGGAGAUGACAUGGACUUCGGAGAUGUGAUCUGGUCCCAACAAGAAAUAAACAGACUAUCAAAUGAAGUUUCUAGGCUUGAAUCGGAAGUGGACCAUUGGAAACAGAUUGCACAGUUUUCCAAAGCAGAAGGAGCAAAUAAUACAGAUCAGAAUGAAAUCGGCAAGCUGCAAAAUAUUAUCAAGGAGCUAAAACAGAACUUGAGUCAAGAAAUAGAUGAGCAUCAACAUGAGCUUUCAGUAUUACAGGAUGCACAUCGUCAUAAAUUAGCAGAAAUAAGCCGACGUCAUCGAGAAGAACUGGGUGAAUACGAGGAACGAAUAGAAGAACUUGAGGAUCAGUUACAGAAAGUUGGUGCAGCUGCUGACACUUCUUCUGAAUGUGACCCACAGAACAUUGUGGCUGAAUCGACAGCAUCACAGCUGAAGGACUUGCAGGAUAAAGUAAAAAGUUUAAGUCAACAACUGUCAUCAGCAGCAGAAGAGAAAAAUAUUCUCUGGAAAGAACUUGAAUUGGUGAAAACAGAGAAAAGUCAACUAAUGCAGGAAUAUGAAAGACUCAGAUCUGAUUCCCAUAAAUUCCAGGCAUCUCUUCUUGAAGAACAGGCUGAUUUAAAAACACAGGUGGAAGUCCCUAAGUCUGCAGCAGAAUCGCUGCAAGCAGAAGUGCUCCGACUACAGCAAGCACUUCUUGAUGCGGAAAAUGAAAUAACAAGACUAAAAAAAUCAGAUCAGGAAGGGCUUCAAACAAAACUGGAAAGCUUACAACCAACGUGUGAAAGUGAUGCAUAUGUAUCGACUCAAGGACAGAACUUAGAGUUAAAUCAGUUAAGACAAGACUUGGAAAGGAAAGAACAUGAAUUUAAUGAAAGUAUUGCUGAAAAAGAAACAUUAAUAGCAGAACUAGAAGAAUUGGACAAGCAGAACCAAGAAGCUACCCAGCAUAUGAUUAUAUUAAAAGAGCAGUUAGCCAAGCAGAAUGCAGAAACCGCUAAUACUGUCAACCAGCUAAAAAUGGACACAGAGUCUGAAAAAAGAAAAACAUCGAAGCUAGAAGCUGAGAAGCUGGAAAUGAGCAAGGAGCUAGAAAGCCAGAGAGAGAAAUUGGAUCAGUGUACAUUUGCACUUAAUGAUUUGCACAUGACUAAACAACACCUGGAAAACAAAAUAAAAGAGCUAAAAGAACAGCUAAAAACAUCCCAGCGCUGUAGCUCCAAAAAUAAGCAGGAAAUAGUAGAAUUAAAGAAAAACCUAACACAAAGAGAAGAAGAAAUUUCUGUACUCCAAAAUAAGUUAAGCAAGAUAAGUCCAGAAUCUAACAGUGGAAGUCAAGAAUCUAACAGUAGUUUUCACGUUCAAUCAUCCAAAGAAAGGGAAGCAGAAUUUUCAAAGCUGAAUGAGCAAAUUUCAGAAAAUAAACUAAUAAAUACAGACUUGGAGAAAUGUAUUUCAACGCUUCAGAUGGAAAAGGAAAAGCUUCAAAUGGCUUGUGAAGAACUGAAACAGCAGUUACAGGAAGCUAGUAGUGAGAAGAGUAAGAUCGCUUUUGAAAAAGAUACCACGGUGGAAGCUUUGAAACUAGAAAAAAGGCGGCUAGAAAAUGAACUAAGUCAAACUGAAAGCCAGUUGUUGGAACAGGCUCAUAAUUAUGAGCAAACCAUUGAGGAGCUGUCUAAUGCACGUAACAUGAAUACCACGGUGUUACAGUUUGAACACGAACGCUUAGUUAAACUCAACCAAGAGAAAGACUUUGAGAUAGCAGAACUCAAGAGGAGCAUUGAACAGAUGGAAGCUGACCAUGAGGAAACCAAAGAGAUGUUAACGACUAGUUUAGCUGGGCAAAAACAACUGACGGAGCUCAUAAAAGAGAAAGAAGUGUUGGUUGAAAAAUUUAAAACCAGGGCUUCUGAACUAGAGCAGCAGCAUGAAGAUUAUAUUAAGGACUCCAAAAGAUUUGACAUUUUAAAACAAAGUUUAGAAGAAAAGGAGAAAAGCCUUUCAACCAUGAAAGAAGAGAACAAUCAUUUGAAAGAAGAAAUUGAACGAGUGAAAGACCAGCAGAGUAGGUUGUCCUCUUUGGCUGAGCCCAAAACCCUAGAUAUUAUCACUGAACUUGAAGCAGAAGUAACACAAUUAACUCUGCAUAAAAAUAAUCUUGAAGACGAAGUAAAACUUAACAAAAGAACGGUUGAGGAUCAGAAUCAGAAAAUGGCCCAACUUCAACAUUCCCUGCAGGAGUAUAAAAAGGAGAUUGAGGAGUCCAAAUUUCAAUGUGAACAAAUGAGCAUCACACACAAACAGGUGUGCUUGGAAAAGGAUGAGGAAAUCAAAAGCUUGCAGCGGACAAUAGAACAAAUUAAAAACCAGUUGCAUAAUCAGAGAACAGUCAUUCAGCCAGAUCCUCCUGCUCUCUUUCAAGAAACCAAAGUUCAGACACUUAAUGGUGAAAAUGGAAAUGAGAAGCAUGACUUAUCUAAAGCUGAAAUUGAAAGGCUGGUGAAAGGCAUCAAGGAGAAAGAAAUGGAGAUCAAACUUCUGAAUGAAAAGAAUGUCUUGCUAAGUAGACAAAUUGAUCAGCUAUCCAAAGAUGAAGUUGGCAAGCUCACACAAAUCAUCCAAGAGAAAAACUUAGAGAUACAAACUCUCCAUGCAAGGGUUUCAUCUCCAUCUUAUGGGCAGGAUAUUAUUUACCUUCAGCAGCAAUUACAGGCCUAUGCCAUGGAAAGGGAGCAAGUGCUGGCAGUUCUUAGUGAAAAGACUAGGGAGAACAGUCAGUUAAGAACAGAAUAUCACAAGAUGAUGGACAUUGUAGCAGCUAAGGAAGCAGCUCUGAAAAAGCUUCAGGAAGAAAAUCAAAAACUAGCCAAUGAAUUUGAAAACAGCAGCCAAGAUAUGUCCCGAGAAACUAUUAAGAACUUGUCCCGGAUCAUUCGAGAGAAAGAUAUUGAGAUUGAUGCUUUAAGUCAAAAAUGCCAAACUUUAUUGACCGUCCUCCAGACAUCCAGCGUGGAUGGAGGCAAUGAGUUAGGAGGGAUUAACAGCAAUCAGUUCGAGGAGCUUUUACAGGAACGCGAUAAUUUGAAACAGCAAGUGAAGAAAAUGGAAGAGUGGAAGAAACAAGUAAUGACCACUGUCCAAAAUAUGCAACAUGAGUCUGCUCAUCUCCAAGAGGAACUGCAAAGGCUUCAAACACAGAUCUCCAUGGAUAGUGAGAACAAUUCUCAGCUGCAGAUAGAGUAUAAUGGCUUGAUUCAAGGCUAUGAACAAAAUGAGAGAAAGCUGAAAACAUUUAGCCAAGAAUUAGCACAAGUUCAGCAUAGCAUAGGAGAGCUGAACAACACCAGGGAUUUUAUUCUGGGGAAACUUGAUAUGGUAACACCUCCUCUGCCAGUAAAGUCUACCACUGCUUCACAGUCAUCGGAGACUUCCAACAGUGCUGCUUCUCAGAUGUUUACUAGUGACUCCAAACCACUAAAUGAGGAACUGGAGCGCAUGAGUAAAGCACUGGAAGAAAAAGAUUCAACUAUCCGAACUCUGCAGGAGAAUAAUCAGAGGCUGUCUGAUUCUAUGGCUGCAUCAUCAGAGAUGGAAAGAAAGGGUCAAGAGGGGUCUGAAUUUGAGAUAAAGCACUUGAAGGAGAAGUGUGAUGUCCUGCAGAAGUCACUUAGGGAAAAAGACCUGUUAAUAAAAUCAAAAAGUGAUCAGUUGCUUUCUCUCAGUGAAAAUCUUAGUAAUAAAGAGAACGAAAAUGAACUGCUGAAGCAAGGUUUAACUAACCUAAAGGAGAGAACUCUGAUUUUAGAAAUGGACAUCCGUAAAUUAAAAGAAGAAAAUGAUAGAAUAGUGGCAAAAUGCAAGGAGAAAGAAACCGAGUUUAGAGCGCUACAGGAGACUAACCUGCAGUUCUCAAUGAUGUUGAAGGAGAAGGAAUUUGAGUCUAGUUCCAUGAAGGAGAAGGCUUUUACGUUUGAAAAACUGUUGAAAGAGAAAGAGCAGGGGAAAGCAGGAGAGCUGAACCAGCUGUUAAAUGAAGCAAAAUCAAUGCAGGAAAAGGCUGUUGCUUUUCAGCAGGAGAGAGAUAAAGUCAUGUUAGCACUCAAGCAGAAACAAAUGGAGACUAGUGCCCUACAGAAUGAGAUACAGCAUUUACGUGAUAAGGAGCAGCGUCUGAAUCAAGAAUUGGAGAGAUUGCGCAAUCACCUUUUAGAAAGGGAAGACACUUCCACACGAGAAGCUUUAGCAGCUGAGGAUCGGGAAUCUAAGCUUAAAAAGAAGGUCCAGGUUUUGGAAGAAAAGCUGCAGUUUUCAUCAACUGCAGUGGAGAAUGCCAGCCACCAGGCUAGCAUGCAGGUGGAAUCCUUGCAAGAGCAGUUGAACUUUGUUACCAGGCAGAGAGAUGAAACUGUCUUGCAGCUAACAAUUUCUCAAGACCAAGUGAAACAGUAUGCUGUGUCCCUGGCCAACCUGCAGAUGGUGCUAGAGCAGUUUCAGCAGGAAGAGAAAGCUAUGUAUUCAGCCGAGCUACAUAAACACCAAAGGCAGACUGAAGAAUGGAAGAAAAAAACAGAGCAACUAGAAGAUAAAGUAGUUUCAUUGCAGGAAAACCUGGAGGAAGCAAACGCAGCAUUACAAUCUGCAUCAAGGCUAGCAGAGCAGCUAGAUCUUAAAGAGGAUCAAAUUGAGGACCUUAAAAAACAAGGUGAACUCAAACAAGAAAUGUUAGAAGAUGCACAGAAUAAGCUAAUGAACCUCAUCAAUAGCACAGAAGGAAAAGUGGACAAAGUCUUGAUGAGGAAUCUCUUCGUUGGACAUUUCCACACCCCAAAGAAUAAACGUCAUGAAGUGCUAAGGCUGAUGGGAAGUAUCCUGGGAAUAAAAAAGGAUGAAUUAGAACAGUUGCUGUCAGAAGAUCAAAAAGGUGUUACUCGGUGGGUGACUGGGUGGUUCGGUGGAGGAGGUGCUGGAUCAAAGAGUGUCCCCAACACACCUCUGAGACCAACCCAUCACUCAGUUUUCAACAGUUCUUUCUCAGAGCUAUUUGUGAAGUUCCUUGAAACUGAAUCCCGUCCAACUCUUCCCCCACCAACACUCUCUGUUCAUGACAUGAAACCUUUAGCAUCAACAGGAAUCAACAAAGCCACUGUUAGUCCUUCUAGCAACAUUGCAGAUGCAACAGGCUCAGGAACCACCAGAAGACCAGAUGCAAAUCCAUUCCUUGCACCCCGAUCAGCAGCAGUCCCUCUCAUCACCCCAACGAAUCUUGGAACUGGCGGAUCAGGGCAUCUGCUUAUGAAACCCAUUUCUGAUGCUUUGCCAUCUUUCACACCUUUGCCAGUAGCACCUGAUGCUAGUGGUGGGGCAGUACUAAAAGACCUGCUAAAGCAAUAGAGAAUUCUGGGUCCAAGGAUGGCAAUGAUAGAAGCACUUUAAGGAGAAAGAAAGAAAAAUUGAGUUUAUAUAAUAUACCGCAAAGAGGCCUUUUGUACAAAGUUGUUUGUUCAUUUUCAAUUGCUUGUAAGUUGCUUUGUGUGUCUUUCUCUUUGCCCCUUAAAAAGUGAAGUUUGGAACAAUCCAGCAAUAUUUGGAUGUUGUAACCAUCACAGGAAAAAUAGCCCUUCCUAUAUUAGCUUGCCGAGUUAACUUUCUAAUUGAAAAAGCUGAUCUACAUGUGAAAUAACAGGUUAGCAUUGGAGAACUUAACAAAUCAGUUCAAGGCUUUCCAGCCAUGUAUGCGGUUUCUUCCUUUGACAAAUGAGGUGUUACAUAGAGUGCCUUCAUAUAAAAAGGACACAACUUCUCUAGAAAGGGCUGCAAGUACAUUAGGAAUUCAGUGCAGUGUCAGGAUACAGACAGCAUCCAGGAUGCAUCUGGUCCAUUUAAGUAUCACUUCACUGAUUCCAGCCAACGCCUUCUGGAGCCUGGAAUGAUGGGGAAACAAAUGCAAUCUGCUGUUUGUUUUGAGGGAGCCUAGGGCCAUAUGUUCCCAGUCCUUGAACUGAUGUUCAGAUACUGAGCCCAGUCGUGGCAUUUCAGUCUGGAAAAGUCUUCCUUCAUAAAGCGCGGGGGGGGGGGGGGAACUGCUUUGUAUUAUCCAGUGUUUUAUUGAUCUAGAAUGUGUUCAUGUGGUCAGGUAUCCUCUCUUGAGCCAGAACAGGUUGUAUUGCAAUACAAUCUUCUGAAAGGAUAAAGUACAAGUAGGAGGUUUCCAAAAUAAAUGGCAUCAGCUGACCAAGUCAAUUUUUUAGGAAUGCUGGAGAUAACAGAAUCAUCAUUGUGUUGACCAAAAAUUCUGCAUAAUCCAAAGCCAGUUUAUUUAAAUAUGGAGGAUUGGCUGGUAUCCGUGAAAGAAGUUGCUUCUGUUAAAGUUCUCUGAGAAUUCAUAGUUGCAGGUUUUUGUUGUGUGCAAGAAUAUUAACACCCCAUAAAUGUUAUUAAUGGGUAACACCUCAGUUGGAGUAUCUUAGCUCCUAGUAGCUACUUGGAACAAUGAAAACUCAAAACUAAUCAGCAAUAAGGGGUUUGUGGACAUUUUUCCUUUUAUUUUUUGUUUCAUAUCAAAAUUUAGUGACUGACCACUAAUAAGCAACCUGAUAUUCCCUAUGUAUAUUCAUGGUGUGUGUGGUUGAAAUAUGCAAUACUUUAAUGUUUCAAAAUGUAUAUUUAAGAAAUGCUUGCUUAUACUUACAGAAUUGAUUGAAGAUUCCAAGUAUGAACGUAUGUAUAAAGCUUAAAAGGAAGAUGCUUAUUCCAAAUAUGUGUAAAUAUGUCUACAUAAGAACUAGUAGAAUUCUGUAAAUUUUGUUGCACAGUCUUGCACAAUUUAUAUUGAGUGUGUCAGUGUAUUGACACAUGUAAUGAAAGGGGUUCCUGCCACCUUGGAAAAAUAAGUUGAGACACAACAUCUGUUUAAUGUGUCAUUUUUUCCUAUAAAACGUGAGUUUUCUGCCAUUGUUAAUAAUAUAAUUGGUAUUGAAAGGUAUUUUGUGUAAGUUCUAUAUUAGAACUCACAGCCUUAUCUCCUGUGUAUCUUAGUUUUUGCCCUGCAGUUUGAACUGUAAAUAUAGACUGAAUCACGGAUAUGUAGUUGCCUGUAAGCUGCCAAAUCAAUGAAUCAAAAAGCCUUUUGUUUCUAUUUAUUGAUAGCAUUAUAAAUCCAUAUAGGUGAAUCUCUGGCAAGGUUUCAUGAGUUUAUAUUCAUAAUGAAGUGUUACAUUUUGACAUUUCAUAUCCCCAACAUUCUUCAUUGACUCUGUUUUUGUAGAUUGGGGUUUUUGCAAAUAAGGUAAACC